AUGCCCUCUGCACUUGUGGAGCUCCAGAAGGGUUUCUGGUCAGCAUCUGUGAAUUUUGGAGGCCAUAUCUAUGCCUCAAGAGCUGUGAGAAUGACUUUGGACCAAAAGGUUAGAAAGAAAGCAAUCUCCAGGUCAGGCCUCCAGCACUUGGCUCCUGUGCAUUCCCUCAACAUUUCAGUCUCCAAUGGACCUGUGAAGGAACCAAGGGCGGCCUUAGAGUGGACUGAAAAUGCUGUGAAUGGAGAGCAUCUGUGGCUGGAGACAAAUGUUUCUGGGGACCUUUGCUACUUGGGGGAGGAAAGCUGCCAAGUCAAAUUCUCAAAAUCUGCUCUGCGGAGGAAGUGUGCUGCCUGCAAGAUUGUGGUCCACAAUGCGUGCAUGGAGCAGUUAGAGAAGAUUAAUUUUCGCUGCAAACCGACUUUCCGAGAAGGAGGGUCCAGAUCUCCAAGAGAAAACUUUGUCCGACAUCACUGGGUGCACAGGCGAAGGCAGGAGGGGAAAUGUAAGCAGUGUGGAAAGGGCUUUCAGCAGAAAUUCUCCUUCCAUAGUAAAGAGAUUGUGGCCAUCAGCUGUUCCUGGUGCAAGCUGGCGUUUCAUAACAAAGUCACCUGUUUCAUGCUACAUCAUAUUGAGGAGCCAUGUUCCCUGGGGGCUCACGCUGCUGUCAUUGUGCCUCCCACCUGGAUCAUUAAGGUGAAGAAACCUCAGAACUCAUUAAAGACUUCAACACGGCGAAAGAAGAGAACAUCUUUUAAAAGAAAAGCCAGCAAAAGAGGCAAUGAAGUAGGUAUUCAAGAUAACAAAGGUCGGCCAUUUGUGAUAAAGCCUAUUUCCUCUCCGCUCAUGAAGCCACUGCUGGUUUUUGUCAAUCCAAAAAGUGGAGGGAACCAGGGCACCAAGGUUCUCCAAAUGUUUAUGUGGUAUUUGAAUCCACGCCAGGUCUUUGAUCUCUCUCAGGAAGGGCCAAGAGAUGCGCUGGAGCUGUACAGAAAAGUGCCAAACCUGCGGAUCCUGGCCUGUGGCGGGGACGGGACGGUGGGCUGGAUCCUCUCCAUCCUUGAUGAGCUGCAACUCAGCCCCCCACCUCCUGUGGCUGUCCUUCCACUUGGCACUGGGAAUGACCUUGCCCGCACCCUCAACUGGGGUGGGGGUUACACAGAUGAGCCAGUGUCCAAGAUCCUGUGCCAUGUAGAAGAUGGAACCAUUGUCCAGCUGGACCGCUGGAAUCUCCAGGUUGAGCGCAACCCUGAUUUGCCACAGGAUGAGCUGGAGGAUGGGGCACGUAAGCUUCCUCUCAGUGUCUUCAAUAAUUACUUCAGCCUUGGAUUUGAUGCACAUGUUACACUGGAAUUUCAUGAAUCUAGAGAAGCAAAUCCAGAGAAAUUCAACAGCCGAUUUAGAAAUAAAAUGUUUUAUGCGGGGGCAGCCUUUACAGACUUCCUGCAAAGAAGUUCAAGAGAUUUAUCCAAGCAUGUUAAAGUUGUGUGUGAUGGUACAGACCUGACUCCAAAGAUCCAGGAGCUGAAGUUCCAGUGUAUAGUGUUUUUAAACAUACCCAGGUAUUGUGCUGGCACAAUGCCCUGGGGAAACCCUGGAGAUCACAGAGAUUUUGAGCCUCAGCGCCAUGACGAUGGCUACAUAGAAGUCAUUGGGUUCACCAUGGCCUCACUGGCUGCUCUCCAGGUGGGUGGUCAUGGAGAGAGGUUGCAUCAGUGCCGUGAGGUGACACUUUUAACAUACAAGUCUAUCCCCAUGCAAGUGGAUGGUGAACCAUGUCGACUGGCUCCUUCACUCAUUCGGAUCUCCUUAAGGAACCAGGCCAACAUGGUGCAGAAGAGCAAGAGGAGAACAUCUAUGCCUUUGCUAAAUGAUAUCCAUAAAGUGCAGUCUGCUGACCUGAGGAGAGUCUCGGCUCCCCCCGAUUCCUUCACCAUUCCUCAUUCCAUCCCAGAUCGCCUGCGGAUUAGAGUGAACAGGAUUAAUUUGCAAGAAUAUGAGGGUCUACAUUAUGACAAGGAAAAACUCCGGGAAGCUUCCAUUCCCCUAGGAAUUAUAGUUGUACGAGGAGAUUGUGACUUGGAGACCUGUCGCAUGUACAUUGAUCGUCUACAAGAGGACCUGCAGUCGGUAACUUCUACAACACAGAGAGUUCAUUACCAGGACCAAGAAAGCUCUUUCCCCAGAGUACUUUCUGUUCAGAGGCUAUCUCCUAGAUGGUGCUUCCUUGAUGCAACUUCUGCUGAUCGUUUUUACCGCAUUGACAGAUCUCAGGAACAUUUGCACUUUGUGACGGAAAUUUCGCAGGACGAGAUUUUUAUUCUGGACCCAGAGCUGGUAAUGUCACAGCAGGUGGGGACGCCCCCAGGAAUCCCUGAUCUGGUAGGGGAGCAGGCCUCUGGAAUAUCAGAUCGGUGGAAUCCUGCGGUUCGAAAGCGGAUGCUGAGCGACAGCGGCCUCGGCAAGAUUUCCCCACACUACGAGGUACCUGACAAACAAAAGGACGCCAGCCAGACACAUAUGCUGCA